GCGCGCAAGGUCGACAUCCCUCUUAUAUUCUUCGGUGACUCCGCGACUGGUGCCGGUGGUGUGGACCCAUGUGAGGUUUACUGUACUGUUCCUGGCAGAACCAGCUUGUUAAGCAGUACAACGAAAUAUCGCGUGACAGUGGGCGAAAUUCAACGAAGAAUCAGUCCACCUGAAUGUCUUAAUGCAUCACUUCUUGGAGGUAUUCUUCGCAGGGCCAAGUCAAAAGACGGUGGAAAAACGUUGCGGGAUUCCCUGAGAAAGAUUGGACUAGCUCUACCAGCUGGAAGACGUAAGCAAGCAAACGUAACCGCAUGGACAGCUCUCGUCGAAGAAGAAGCGGUGCACAUGGCCAAGGACUUCGCGUUGGUUUGCGAAAAGGAGUUCCAUGCUCGUGAGAUUGGUAUUUUCUUGACUAAAACUGGUCUGUCGAUUGAUCACGAUGUGAUGCAAAGGCGAACAAUGCUUGAGAACAGCAAGAAGAUUGUCUCCGAGUUGUGCGACCUUCUCGCCGCUGACAGGACUCCACUGACACCGUUUGUGUCUCCGACAAGACCAUUAGUCGUGUUGGAUCCUUCCAUCCAGCAACAUCUUAGUCAUUACACUUUGAUGACCCACGGAUUUGGAGGAGUGGCCAUGGUGGCGGUGCUCGAAUCAGUGAAAUCGAUGAUCGAUGAAAGUAUUAAGUACUUGGAUCGGAACUGUUCACAACCGAUGUACAUUCCUUACAAUGCCCGAUGA